CACACACACACACUCACUAUACUUUCACACAGCCUCAGUUAGACAUGCAGAUGUUUGUCUGUCGAAUUUGACUUUUACAGUUUGUGGAUAAAUUUAACCUUUAUUUAUUUUUAACUCUGCGUGUAAUGGUUGGAUGGUCUCAUUCUGUUUUUCAAUAAAAGAUGGAGAAAUUAAGAUUGUUAAACAAUCAUCAGCUCAGUUUGUGGCAUCUCUACAAUGCUCUGAUCCUGAUUGUUUCUUCUGUUGUUGGAUUUAACCUCAACACUGAACAGCCCAAAAUAUUUAAAGCUCUAUCCAACACUUCAGCAUUCGGUUACCGUGUUUGUCACUUUGGAUCUGGAAGUGUGUUAGUAACAGAUCCUCUCUAUAACAAUGGCACCGGUAGUUUAUACAGGUGUGUGUAUAAGGAUGGUCAAUGUGUUCAGCUCCCCACUGAAGUUCAGUCUAAUGGAGCAUUCGGUCUUUCACUUGCUUGCACUGAGGAUCGUGCCAUGGUGUGUAGUCCUCAUGUGCAGCAGGAAUGUGAAGGGUUUCAUUAUUUGCAUGGUGUGUGUCUGGAGCUUAGUGUCUCUCUCAAAUAUUCUCACACACACAAACCGGUUUUUCAAGAAUGUAAUGGGAUUCCUCCACUCGAUGCAGUGAUUCUGUUUGAUGACUCUCAAAGUAUUACAAAAGAAGAUUUCAGAAAAAUGAUCAAUUUUAUCAAAGAUGUAAUCAGAUCAUUCACCAACCCACGGGCACAGGUAGCUGUGGCGAAAUUCUCCUCUCAAGUCUCUGCAGUGUUUCAGUUUGAAAAUUUUGCUGCGGAUAGAAAUGCAGAUAAUUUGAUGUCAGGAAUCACACACAGUAAAGGAAACACAUACACACCUUCAGCCAUACGCUUUGUACUAGAGGAAAUGUUCCAGGAGAAAGUUGGAAUGCGAAAUAACUCUCAGAAGCUGCUGAUUGUUGUCACAGAUGGAAAAUCUAAUGAUCAAAAUGUCAACUUCAGCUCUGUGAUUGCUCUGGCCAAUAAGAGAGGAGUGACCCGAUUCGCCAUUGGGGUGGGUAAGGAAUACUCUCGAGAAGAAUUGGAACUGAUUGCUACGGAACCUCGUUUUGUGUUUGAGUCUCCGAGUUUCAGUUUUCUUUCCUCAAUUGUCUCACAACUCACUGAGAGGAUCUUCAGCAUUGAAGGUACAAAUGUGGGGAAUUCAAGUUCUAUUCAACUUGAACUCGCUCAGGGAGGAUUUAGUGUUGCACUUUCUAAGGAUGAAAGUGUGUUUGGAGCAGUGGGAACAUUCUCCUGGUCAGGUGGCUUAGAGGAGAAAAUUUCAAAACUAAACACUUCAUUCAUCAAUGCAUCAAGUGUGGACGAUAUGGACAAUUCCUACUUGGGUUACUCAGUUGCCAUAGCAACAGUUUUGGGGGAUCGCGUUUACUUUGCCGGUGCUCCAAGACACAAACACACAGGAGCCGUGUUUGGAUUCACGCAGGACGCACAUACACAACACUGGAGAGUCUCACACACAGCUCAUGGGAUUCAGCUGGGGUCUUAUUUCGGGGCAGAGCUGUGUGUGGUGUAUGGUGGUGAUAAUGUGCUGUUAGCAGUUGGAGCUCCAAUGUUUUUCACUGCUGGAGUUGGAGGAGAAGUCCAUAUCUGCUCUGUGAAGGCAGAAGCACUAAACUGUUCGGGGGUGUUGAGAGGGUCGUCAGGGAAUGUGGACGGCAGAUUUGGCUCCGCCCUCACAGUUCUACAGGACCUGAAUGAAGACAGAGUGAUGGAACUGGCAGUGGGAGCGCCAUAUGAAGAGCAAGGAAAAGGGGCCAUUUACAUCUUCACUAGUUACAGAGGGGGCUUCAGAACCAAACACAGACAGAGGGUGAGCGGUGCAGCUCUCGGGUAUUCUCUGUUGUAUUUUGGAUUGUCUCUUCAUUCUGUGGGAGAUUUGAGCUCAGAUGGACUUCCUGAUUUGGUGGUUGGAUCCAGAGGAGCUGCUACGGUGCUUAGAACACAGCCAGUUAUUUGUGUAACUGUGUCAGUCACACUGGAUCCACCAAUCAUUGACCAGAACGUCUUUCACUGCUCCGCCCCACACGGACUCAACACCCCUAUCGCCAAGGCAACCAUGUGUCUUAAACUAAGAGAGGUUUCCACAGGAUCCAUACAAGGUCCUUUCGUUGCCACUGUUUCUGUUGUUCUGAAGUUAGAUUCUGGUUCCACUUCUCCUCGCCUUUUCUUCUACCCAAUGUCAAGCAUUUCACACUGGAAUACAACUCUUAGUAACACAACAGUGUGUCACACAUUCCCCAUCACCAUCCAGAGGUGUAUAUCAGACUACCAGGAUGUUCCUCUCAUGGGGACAAUCACAGUUAGAGGAGAAACAGUGGGACUGGACACUGGCCUGAGACCUGUCCUGCACCCUGACUGUCCAAACGCACAUGACAUCACACAUAUGGUGUUACUGGAGAAGGUGUGUGGUGAAGAUCAUGUGUGCAUGUCGGACCUCGGUGUGUCUCUCCAAGUCAGCAGCGACAUGGUGGUUAAUGUAGAAGGUUUCAGAGUAAACGUGUCUGUGAUGGUGGUUAAUCAAGGAGAAGAUGCCUCAGGCACAGAGCUGUGCUUCCUUCAUCCCUCUCUCCUAUCCUUCACUCGUAUCCAUCCGGUGGAGUCCAUUGGCUACAUGGAGUGUUCAUCCAAUGAAACAAGUGUGAUGGAGCUCACACACACAACAUGCAGACUCGGAUUCACCAUCUUCAGACAGAGAGCCAAGGUGAAAUUCAUCAUGUCGUUCCAGUUGUCUGAUACAGCAGCUCUUAGGGACAGAGUUGACGUGAACGUGACCGUUAAAAGUAAAAAUGAGAAUCCAGGAACUCUUCAUGACAACAGUGCGAGUGUGUCAAUGCCUGUUAAACAUCUGGUCCACUUCCUGCUGAGAGAUGGUGGCUCAACACAGUAUGUCCUUUACAACAAUUCUGCUUUACUCCAGCACACAUAUGAGGUGACAUCAAUUUUACCUUUGACCAAUGCAGGAGAUCUCUCUACGUCAGUCAGUGUGACAUUUGUGUUGCCAUUGGAGACAACCUCUGGAUUAUUAAUUGAUGUUUCUCCUCCUGAAAUUAAUAUCACUGGAGCAAAGUGUGAAAAGUCGAAGUUGAUUAAAAAAGACAACACAUCAUACUACAGUCAGAAUUGCAGAGGCUCCAGCUGUCGUCUGAUUCACUGCAAUGUUAGCCUAUUAACCACAGAGCAGCCAAUCACAUUUAGCUUUACAGGAAAACUUAAAACACAGACAAAGGUGGACAGUAUUCAGGUGGAGAGUUGGGGUUUGGUCUCAUUUGAUCAAAAUCGAUACACACAGUACCUUAAUGAGGAAGAUUUGCAUUGCUCAAUUGUGACAGUGGUAGAAUCUCCUCUUCAGCUUCAGACCACACUGAUUGCCGCUCUGUCUGUGUUCUUUGGUGUUUUAGUGAUGAUUUUCCUGUUCAUGGUGCUCUAUAAGGUUGGGUUCUUUAAAUCUAAAUCUUUUGAAAAUGAUGCUCAGGAGGCUUCUGGAGUGACGGCAACCUCAGGAGAGGAGAAUAACUUCAACACACCAGCAGAAAGCAAGGAUGGACCAGCAGCAGCCAGCAAUACAGACUCAGAAAAUCCAAACAACUGUAAUGCUGCUUAUGUUCUUGAGGAAACAUCAGUACUGUAGAGUGACGUGUGUGUACAGUGUUAGAUUACAUUCUGCAGAGCUGAUCUCACCAGUACCAGCAUUAACACAGAUCCAAAACAGCUGAAACUAUGAUGGGUCGCAUCAAGUGAAAUGUUAACAAAAUCCAAAAUGCAGGAGACAUUUAAAUUAUAUAUAUAUAAGGCUGCAGGCUCUCUGUGACCGUAUACGGGAUUAGCUUACAGUGUUUGUGUGUGUGUGUAUGUAUGUGUGAGUGUAUAUAUAUAUAUAUAUAUACAGUAUAUAGGAACUGAUAUCAAACAGUAGAAUGAAAAGAAACUCUGAUCAUGACAAGAAUAUUUGCGUAUAUAUGAAUAUAUCAUGUAUAUAUGAAUAGCGCUAGAUCAGAAGUAAAUUCAAAUUGCAAUUACAAAAUAAAGAUAAAAAGCAGCCUAAUAAACAUUCUAAUGUUCACAGUGAGUUAUCUGGUCCAUAGGUUUCACAUCGGAUGUUCUUCCUUACACAACCCUCUCAUUUUAUCUGGGCUUGGUACCAGCACUGAGAGUUAACCCGUCUUUAUUAAAUAACAAAAUACAGUAAAAUGAAUGGAGUUUAAAUGUACAAAUACAAAUUUUAAAUAAAUUGUUAGCUGCUGAA